CUCGAGUGACUCGCAGAUUCGCGCUCCGGACUGGCUCAAUUUCAUUCUACAUUUACGUCAAUGAUGAGAUAACAAAUACGCGCUCCUUUUAUAAAGUCUGUCUGUCCUCUCUUUCAUCUCGCCAUGGCAGCACUCCCCGCCGUUAUGGCAAAACCCUACAGGCGAAUCUUAACGUCGACUCUCCAUCGGAGAUUUGUUCAUGCUUCAGCUUCGGCUCUUCUUGUGUGUUACAUCAUAUCUAUUUUAAUUGGCACCAAGGCGUCUCUUUUCUGGUCAUGGUUUCCGCUAGGUUCUUGCGGGCUCCGAACACUGCUUCUAUUCAUUUCCAGCCUGUCGAUAUUUAUUCUUCGCGUAGGCCAGCUUCACGUUGGCGCCCGUACGACAGUUUCGUCCUUUCAGACAUGGCGGCAAACAAUGUUUUCUGUAAGCCUGCUUCAAACCUUCGGCUGGUAUCUAUUCUCCGCAUGGUGGUUUAGCGAAGUGUAUAUCUGGUCAGCUUCAACCGAUGCGGAACUAAACUGGGUGAAACCAGGAAGGUCCUUUGAACGGGCACAACUUAACGAGAGACCAAUAUAUCUUCAUUCCUUUUACUUCCUCCUCGCAGUCACCCAGGCGACCUUGCACCUAUAUUAUGAUUGGGACGAGCUUGUCAUUCCAGUGGCUAAACCUUCCGAUAAGUCUGACGACCGGCGAACUCAUCCACUGGAACCACUACUGCCUCGUAUCACGAGGUCGCUCCAAGAAAUAGUUCGCCAUGCUGCCGUCCGAAGUGGAAUAACCACCGUUGUGGGACCGUUCAUUUACGUGAUAUUUUUGAGAAAACGGGCGUGGAGUUUCACGCUCUAUUUUGCAAAAUUAUUCUGGAAUUUCCCAAGAUCGGCAGAAGAACCUCCCGGAAUUAUACCGCCUUUACAUAUAACAUUUUUGCUGCGGUCAGCAGUGUCAGGCAUGUUGCUUGUUGUAUUGUGGCAGAUGUCAAAUUGUUUGUUUUCGAUAUUCUUAGGUCGAGCGCCGCUUAAAAAGGGGCUGCCUUUAACGAACGAUGCGAAAGAUCCGAAUGGAAGUCUUCUCAAUGGCUUAAAAGCCAAAAAGGCACCAGUUCUUACAUUCGCUUUGUGGGAGCUAUGUCUUAUCAGUCAACAGUUUCCUGAUCGUCGGAAAGGAAUUUUUAGUGAUAUUGACCGUGAAGGUGGUUCUGCGUGGAGUCAAGUAUUUGAUGCGGCUUCGGAUGUUAUUAAAGGAAUCACCAGACGGAUAACGCAAUUCCAAAGUCCUCUACCAGCUCCUACAACCAUUUCCGCCCCUGAAAGCAAAGAAAUGAAGCAAGCAACAACAGAUAACGACUCGUUGCAGACGUUACCCCGUCUAGCUGCCGCACCGAAAGAAGAUAACAUUUUCCUUGCUAUGCCAAAAGGAAAUACGAGACCCGAGAGGUUUGAAGCCGCCUUUGGCUCUGUGGCCAAAAAAUACGGCCAAAGCCCUGAUUGGACCCCCCCGGCCAAAGCUAAGGCACGUCAAAUUUUCGACCGAGCUUCAGCGAUGGUGCUAAGCCCAGAACAAAAACAAAGAAUUGCUGCAUCUGCACAAGACUUAAAACUGCUUACGAAUCCAACAGCGGGUGCCACACCAGCUGGGAGCCCAUCGACCAUUCACCCGCUCUUGCAACGCUUUUUACGUAGUCCCUUUGGCAUGCCGUUCCGGAGGCCCUAUCAACGACGCCUGCGUGAAGUCGUUCUGGGAUCACCAUACGACCAGGUUGCGCCAUUAAUUGAUGCAACUGAGUCUCUCACAAUGCUUCUUGUGGCCAGCUUGGCCGAAGAUCAAUUUGGAAAGGUGCAGAACGAUGUUCCUGCAGUGGUGAGACUCUUCACGGAGACAAUUCUCGCCCUUGAGGCAUUCGUUGGCGAAAAGGGCAUGAAUGUCCACUGGACAGAUGUUGAUUUCCCAGUCAAUGCUAAUGAGAAGGCAAAGUGUAACGCACGGAAGGUGGAUGAAGUCGAACUUGUGCUCUCUUCGUUAAAAACUGGACUAUCCAAACUUUUAGCUACUUUCCGACUUUACCUUCGAGAAGUGGGUGUUGUAGGAAAGGACCUUCAACUCGCCAGGCAGGCUGCUGGUCUAUCAGUGAUGGAUUAAUUGGUGUGGCAUUGUCUCGUUUCAAUCUCAAUUUUUAUUAAAAAGCAAGGUUUUGGCAAGGUAGCGGGCGUCGAAUAGAUAGUCUUUUUCAAAGUCUUGGGUGUACUAGUAAGUGACGAUAC